AUGAGUGCGUUCGCCGCGCGGCAACAACUCUGGGGCACAACAGCAAGUGCCCAAUCCAACGGGGCGGGACCCGAGAAAGGCCACACCUCCUUCCGGUCGAGUAAGAAGAAUUUCCACAAGAAGGCCGGUGGGAAAGCGGUGCUGGCCACCCCGCAAGGAGAGCGGCUUGUUAUCCUAGGGAGCUUUGGCAUCAAAGUCCGCGAAGGCGAAGCCACCAUUGCUGGCGCUGUAUUAACACCUGCGGAUGAUAUCCAAUGGGUCCACGCACCUCAUUGCCACGCUGUUCCCGUGCUCCGGACGGCGGAUGACACUGUACUGGAGCUUCAGUCUCACCCCGCGGCCAAAGGUCUGAGACAGUUGGGCGCGUUGCACCCCGUGUUUGCCAGGAUCUGGGAUGAAAGCCCUGAGGAGACGAAUACAAGGUCAAAGUCUCCUAGUACAUAUCAAAUCAUUUACACAUCCAAUGAUCUUCCGAAGCGAGUCACGCUCCAAGAGCUGGUUUCGCCAGGCGAGUGGAACAAAAGGCUCUCUGGGCUAGCUGCAGAAAGGCGGAAAAGUACCCCGGUCGUCUUCCUGUGUGGCCCGAAAUCAUCCGGGAAAUCUACUUUUGGGAAGCUCUUAACAAACCGUUUCGUGACCGACCGUGCAGGUUCAAGAAACAAGCCCUGGUCGGCCGUCAUGGUUCUCGAUAUCGACCCCGGACAGCCCGAGUUUUCGCCCCCCGGGGUGAUUUCGUUGUGCAAGAUUACCGCGCCGAACUUGUCACCGUCUUUCUGUCACCCCACCCUCACGCCGGAACAAGGCCAGUUGCGAGCACACGCUAUCGCGUCUGUUACCCCCGGCCUUGAUCUAGACCACUACAUCGCGUGCGUCCUCGAUCUUUUUGGCCACUACCAACGCAGCGCUGAUGCUGGCUUGCCACUGGUAAUCAACACACCCGGCUGGGUCCAAGGCACCGGUCUCGACAUUCUCACUGAGCUGAUCACGUCCAUCCGCCCGACCGAGGUUAUCUACAUGUCACAAGACGGACCCGAGGAAACAGUCCGCAGCCUCCGGUCCGCUGCUUCCGUCCCCACUCCCACGACCACAACCCCAAUCACAACCACGACCACCACCACAACUCACUCUACACAACCGCCGCCUCGACCUCCGCCAGUCUUCACCACCCUCCCCUCCCAACCUAGCGAACCCCCUUCCUCAUCCCGCACCUCCCUCCACUUCCGCACUAUGCAAACCAUGUCCUAUUUCCACCUCUCGCACCCCCCUCCUCUUCCUCCUCCUCUACAACCCCCCAGCCCACCAGCAUGGAACCCCGUCCCCCUUAGCACCCUCCGCCCCUGGCGUGCCCGUUACGCCGGCAAGCACCGCGGGUUCCGGGGUAUCCUGUGUUACGACCACCAGCCGGCGCCGGCGCUCCUGGCUGAGGCGAUCAACGGGACUGUGCUGGCGGUGGUAAGGCUGGAGGAUCGAAGGGCUGCGUUGGCGGGGCUGGGUAAUGAUGCUGAAGAGGAUGAAAGCGAGGACGAGAAGGAAAAUAAAGAUCGAAACGAAGUCGGUUCAGGGAACAGGCGGAACCCUAACCCUUACCCUAACCCAACCAACAUGCCCCUCAUCCCCAACCCCCUAGGCCUCACCCUCCCCCCACAGCACACCCACACCCUCGGCCUGGUCCUCGUCCGCGGCGUCGACACCGUACGUCACGAACUACAGCUCCUCACGCCGCUGGCUGCCGAGGUAGUUGCGGGGUUUCGGGACAACAUUGUGCUUGUCGCCGGGCGGUUUGACACGCCGUCUUGGGCGUAUAGUGAGGAUUUGUAUUGGCGUCGGGCUGGUGGUGGUGGGGAUGGUGGGGUCAACGUUGGGGAUGGACAUGAGGAAGAGGAAGACGAGAUUGAGAUUGAGAUUGAGGAUGAGAGUGAGGAUGAGGAUGAGGAUGGUGGGAAUGAGGGCCAAGGCGAGUUGCCGUGGGUGGAGAUGCUGCAUGGAAAUCAGAAACGGGCCGCCGGGAGUAAGGUGUGGCGGGUGAGGCGGGAUUUAGGGAAGAAUUGA